AUGGACUUUCGACAAUUUGCUCUGCUUCCGGCCGAGCUCACCUCGCUCGUGUGGCAGUUCUUUGUGGAUGCCGCGACGGCCAACCCCCGCAUUCUCGACUUUAGCAUCCGCGUCGACAGAACCGACCACCACCGGCGUUGGAAGGCCGUUCCGGGGCCCUUCCUCUACGACCGCGUCCGACCAGUCAUCGCCGCGCUCACCGUUUGCCGAGAGAGCCGCUUCCUAGCACUCAAAGUGCUGCCUGACACCUUGGCUGUGGAACGCGGCAGACGUCGGGGCGUCGUCCGCUUUGACAAGGACCGCGACGUUGUGGCCGUUUCGGUCCUUGGGGUUCUCGAGCACAUCAAUCAACUCAGAUUCGAUAACCUUGUCAAGCCGUUCCACGAGUCUUUUACCCACUGCAUCAUUCCAGGGUUCUCGGACAACGUCCGCAACCUCGCUUUCCAGGGCAUGAUCGUGGACGACUACAUGGGCCUCGUACCCCAGGUCGAGCGCUAUCCCAUCAUGAUCAUUCUUUGGCACCUGCUAGCCAUGUUCCGCAACGUCCGUGCCGUUUUCGAGCUCGUGUCUUGCGACGAGUAUCCGCCCUAUCUGAACGCAUGGUGCGGUGCGUUCGAAGGCGUCCUCGUCGAAGAGGUCGCUGUGCAUCCGUACCCUCGCAGCAAAGAGUUGGAGCCACUGACGACAAUCUGGCCCGACGUCACGACGUACCGGGCCGCUGGAGAGGCUCGAAACGUUUACCUUCAGCCCAAGCAGCUGGGACUGAUGGCCACCAACUAUGCUGAGCUUAUUCCGAUAGCCAACAGGGAUUUUCUGGUCUGGUUCGCCGAAGUCGAGGCCUGGCCCAUGAUACAGUUUUACGGUUCGAGGGGCCGCCGAGCCCUCACCGAGCUCCGUACCACGCCGGUGGAACAGCUACCCAGGGGCGAUGGGUGCGAUGUGAGUGACGCGGAUUCUUGCGAGGCCGAGGCAGACGAGGACGGCUCGAUCCGACGUGGCUACCAAGAAGAAAUCGACUUGGGUCCGACAGACAGCGGCUCCGUAUGCAGCGACGACCUCCCCGUCGACAUGGAACCUAGUGUUGGCAAGAGACGGAGGUGGCUUUACAUCGACUGUGGGAUUGAAGAGUCUGAGAUGGAAUGCGACACGCCUAUGGAUCUUGACCACGUCUGCGAAUGGCUGAACGGGGUCUUUCUUGGCCAAGAGGACUCUGGCGGACCGGGCUGGUAG